UCCGCCCCCCAGCAUGCACCGCUCCACCAACAUGGCGGCGCCCAGUGAGCGGCAGCGUGCCGGUCCCAUGGCCGGUUUCCCGUUGCCUAUGCUGGGGGUGAAGCCGGAGGAGGGCGUCCAGGGCGCAGAGGGGAAAGGGAAGAAGCCGUGCCGGGCGUGUGUGGACUUCCGGAGCUGGAUAAAGCAGCAAAGGAAGCAGAGCGCGGCCUCCCAGGACGUUGACAUUGAGGAGAAGGAACGACCCCCAGAGUGUCCAUUAGACCGGGAGGAGCUCGGCCGUAGUACCUGGUCUUUCUUGCAUACAAUGGCAGCCUAUUACCCGGAUAGGCCCAGCACUAAUCAGCAACAAGAAAUGAAAAGCUUCAUCAACAUAUUUUCCAAAUUCUAUCCCUGCGAGGAAUGUGCGGAGGACCUGAGAGGGAGGCUAACUUCCACUCAGCCUGACACAAGCAGCAGGCAUAACCUAUCCCAGUGGAUGUGUGUGCUUCAUAAUGACGUCAACAGAAAGCUGGGCAAGGAAGAAUUCGACUGUUCCAAGGUGGAUGAGAGGUGGCGAGACGGCUGGAAAGAUGGAUCCUGUGAUUGAUUGGAAAUGCUUUGUCCGGAUCCUGCCAUUG